CAAUGUUUUUUUUUUUUGAAAAAAGGCACGAUAAUCUUAAGAUAAUUUUUGUUCAAUUACCUGUUAAAAGAUUUUGAUGUUUGUUUUGGUGUGUCUUUAAUGAUAUACAGAAAUAUUUAGAGUGUUUUAAAAAUGUAAAAAGAAAAAGUGAAAGAUCAAAACAAUGAAAGUUUGCGGUAAAAAAGAAGAAGCAAACUCUUUGGAUUUAGAUGAAACUUUACCACACAGAAAAUCUAAUAUCGAUGGAGGAUGGGGUUGGUGUGUUGUUGUAGCAGCGUUUCUUACGCAAUUUGUUGUGGUUGGUUUACAGAAUUCUUCUGGUGUAAUAUUUAACGAGCUGGUUCUGAAGUUUAACCGACCGAGAGGAGAAACAGGUUUAGUUAGUUCAAUUUCUGUUGGAAUGAUGUUUCUAUUAGGUCCGCUAACAACAACACUGUGUCAAAGGUUUGGUUGUCGAACAAUUUCUAUUCUCGGAGGCUUGUUAUGCAUGCUUGGAAUGGCUUUUUCAGCAUAUGCAAAAACAUUAACUAUUAUGUACUUUUCGUUCGGAAUUACUUGGGGUUUAGGAACAAGUUUAUGUUAUUUUCCAACAAUGAUUAUUUUGGUACCAUAUUUUAAAAAAAGACUCGCUUUAGCAAACGGAAUAGUUGGCGCAGGAAGUGGAAUUGGAACAUUAGUGCUUAGUCCUUGUAUUCAGUGGUUUGCUAAAAUAUACGGAAUUAAAAACACUUUUUUAAUGCUAACUGGACUUCACAGCAUUGUUUUCUUUUCUGCGUUUGUUUACCGACCAAUCAAUAAUGAGUAUGAAAUUAAGCAAAAUACUGAAAAAGAAACAAAAAAUUUUCUUCGACCUCAAAUUAAUGUCUUAGAUACAACGGAAAACAAGGUAUCUAUAUAUGCAGAUAUUGCUUCACUGCUGUUGGACAAAGCUUUUAUAUCGUGGUGCGUUGGGCUUUCUGUAUUUAUAUUAGGAUAUUUUGUUCCAUUUGUCCAUUUGGUGCGGUAUGCAACUUUGGCUGGAAUUCCAGAAGUAAAAGCUUCCUUUCUUAUAAGCACAUUAUCAAUUACUGCUACAAUUUUUAAGGUCAUAAGUGGGAAGGUUGCUGGUUUAAAUAGCACAAAUAAGUUACGAAUGUAUCAAACGAGUUUACUUUUGAUUGCCAUAGCAACAACACUUGUACCUGUCACUCGUUCGUUUGUUGGUCUUAUGUUUUACGUUGUUGCGUUUGGAAUAGGAGAAUCGUGUUUUGUCAUCAUGAUACCACUAAUUACAAAAGAAAUUGUUGGUGUUAGGCGUUUGCCUUUAGCUUUAGGUUGUGUUUUUAUGAUGAUGGGGAUCCCGACAACAAUGGGCGCUCCUAUUGCAGGUUGGAUAUACGACUAUUUUAACGAUUAUUCGAUUGCUUUUUAUGUAGCCGGUAGCAUGAACAUAAUGGGUGUUUUAAUUCUGUUUUUAGUAGAAUAUUACACUGAAAAUAAAGCUAUUAAAAAUAUAAUAUAUGGAAAUGGAGUUACAAGUAUUACAAAAAGCAAAGAUGUUUUGUUUAUAGAAGAAAAUGUGCAAAGACCCGAUUCAAAAGUAAUUGAGUAUACCUGUUAUGGUUCAAGCCAAAGAAUUUUUUACACGGAAAUUGAAAAUGAAUUAUUACAAGAGACAAUUCAAAAGAAUAAAAGAAGAUUUGAAAGUGACCGCUCUGUAUAUAAAGUAAACUUUGAAUCAGAUUUUGAAAAUUUAAAUAAAGACUUUUUAAAAAACGAUGACCAGCAUUUAAAUCAUAAACAAAUGCAAACUAUUUCACCGUUUACAGAAGAUCGUUUAUGUGCAUCAUGCAAUCAUAUUCCAUUAAAAGAAAAGAGUGAGAUUUCAUUUAGUAACCGUUGGUCUUUUAUUCCAGAAACGUUUAAAAAGUUGAAUAAUUUAUAUAUUUCUUCAACAGCAUCAAGAGACAUACUCUCAAAAUUUACACUCCAAAAUGGAUUGUCAAUUACUUUCAUUGAAAGUAUUGAUAAAGGAGAGCGCAUGGCUACAGCUAAAAGGUUUUCUUCUACAAAAUCAUCUGGUUUUUUUAUAAUUGAUUUGCCGCCAUUUUCCAAAUAAUUUUCCGAAAAUAUCGUAAAAAAGAAUAUAAAAAAUAGUUACAUAACAAGAAGAGCGGUUAGUCAUUUGAAUUUUAGUCGUGUUCAAUUGGUUAAACGAUUGGUUAGUGCAACUAAUCGAGCGAUUUAUUUCUUUAAAACUAGCGCAAAUGGAAAGCUAUAGUCAUUGUAUAUACAAAAUUUUUUUUAUAGUUUCUUAGAUAAUUAUUUAUCUCAUAUGAUGAGUUGGAUUUUAGUAUAUUGGUAUGUUAAUAAUAUAUAUUAAUAAAAAACUUUAAAUAUAAA